UGAAAGUAAAAUUUGAAAUCAAUCAAACACAAUUUUGAUGAUGAAAUUCGAAGAUGUCAAGUAAAUAUUUUUCUUUAUUACAACAGACUUUAAUUAAAUCUAAAGAUCGUUAUAAUAUAUUUAGAAAUUAUUCGAGAAAAAUUGGAAAUGGAAGUACCACCGAUAGUUCAUACAAACAUGUAAAACCUAAAGAAUCUGUGGAUGAUUCCUGCAAUUUAGUUUGGCGAGAUCCUAGCUAUGAAUUAUUGGCCGCUACCGAAUUUCCUUUAUUCUUAAGGGGCAAUAUCGGGCUUGCAUGGUAUGAUACACAAACUACAGUCAAAUCAUCACACGAAUUAGUACUAGAACAAAUAGAUGAUGGUAGUAAUGAAGAUAUGGUAGUUAGAUUUCAGACUUGUCCAACUCUACUUCGGCAAAUCGUCAAAGAUUUGUUUCCAUACAGAACGCAACAUGAUAAUGGAGAUCUUUCAGUGGUUACUAUUGCUAUGAAGCCCAAUAUAAAAGAUAUGAGGAAGAAUAAAGAAUUGGAGAAUGAGAAAUUAGCCCAAACUUUUUUAAUGGCGGCUAAAAAUAUUUGUGAUAAAUUGAGAAACGUUGGUUAUUGGGCUGACUUUAUAAACCCAUUUUCAGGACGGCCAUAUUUUUCUCCUUUUGCACUGCGUGAACUUUAUCAAAAUGAUGAAAAUUUCAGAUGUUUAGAUUUUCAAAUAAUAGAUUUUAAAGAUUGUAAAGUAAUAUCCAAUGAGGAAGAUUCAAAAAGACAAUUUAUAGGUAGUUUGUUCACCAGCGCUCCUGCCAACAAUGAAACUCUAAAUUCAAUAUUUUCAUGAGAAAUGUUUUAUUUUUGUUGUUUGUUACAAUAUUUUAAUAAAUUAUUCUUCAAUUAA